CAACAUCUCCGACCUUGCGAAACUCUGCUCGAUCACUCCUUUCGCCUCACUCUUUAGUUGCCACUAGCGCCGUCUGCCGCUGAUGGCUGGAAGCUGUCCAAUCGUCGGAGAUGCGGCUGAGAGCCCCACUUAGGUCAUCCUCAGGCAGCAGUAGCUAUCGUAUUCGAACCUCAACCCACCCAACCCCUGCGAUACCGGAUAAAAGAAUGAUCAGCUUAAUGAUUCUCGUCCCCUUCGGAUCUACUCGUGCCCCCUAGCAGUCUCCGGUAAUCGAACGUAGCCUCGCGAAGGGUUCUUUGCGGAUGGAACCGUGCAAGCUAUGCAACGACCAGGAAAAGAAGCACGAGGAUGAUGCUCGGCUCGCAUUCGAUUUUACGCCAGAGGACCUUGCCAAAUCGGCGUACGAACGGCCCUGCGAUUCGUGCAUGGUAAUUCUUGAAGGACUGCGUCAGUCCCAGACACGCGAGUGGUCGUUUCAGCGCGAUGUGAGGAGAGUGUAUGCGAGGUGUCAUAGUAAGAGGAGUAAUUACGCAGAGAGCUUAAGCCUAGAGAUUUAUUUCGUUGAUGAUCGACCUAAGCUGGAAUUGGAGUUCUAUAGCUUGCAACCUCAUGCAUGGAAGGCUGUACUUCCACGCCCAUCCAUCAGUGGUCAUCCGCUGUCACCGCGUGCUUUGGCCUGGCUACAGUCGCUUCUGGAUGAAUGCAUGACCAGCCACAAUUCCUGCAAAGACCUCGGUCAGCCUCAACUACCCAAGCGCGUGCUUUCGCUGCAAAGUCACGGCCCCCAUAACAUUUCCAUAAGACUUGUCGAACCGCAAGGGGAAUUUGACUCAUACGCUGCUUUGAGCCACUGUUGGGGUCAUGAACAGCGGUGCACUCUCACGAAGAGCUCGCUCCAGGCCCGCAAGCAAGGAAUUCCUUGGGACACGAUCCCGAAGACGUUCAAGGACGCGAUACGUUUUUGUCUUAUGCUUGGCAUACGGUAUAUAUGGGUUGACAGCCUGUGUAUAAUCCAAGACGAUGAAAAGGACUGGGAGAUCGAAUCCUCCAAGAUGGCCGACAUCUACCAGUUUGCCUAUCUGACCUUGGCAGCGACAGCCUCCCCAGGCGACUCGCAAGGAUGCUACCCAGAGACCUCCGUAUCUGCCGAUGACCUGGAGAUCCAUAUUCCGGAAGAUGUCGGUGCCUGCAGGAUUGCCGUUCGUCGGCCGCUGAAGCAUUGGGACAACCUGAUCCCAAGUCAACUAAAGCAACAGUUUCCUCUACUCUCGCGAGCAUGGGUGUUCCAGGAGCGGAUUCUUUCCCCAAGAGUACUCCACUUCUGCAAAUCCGAGCUCGUCUGGGAGUGCAGACAGCUCAGCGUCUGCGAGUGCGCAGGCCUGGGCCAAGAGAGUAGCCCGGGUGGUCUAUUCUAUAAUACAAUCCGGGAUAGCGGAGAAGAAGGCAGGCAGGAUAACGCUGCUCAACAGGAACGGCUGGAUUUGAUUCUGGCUAUGCAGCUGCAGCAACAGGAGGACGAUUUGGAACUGGCGAUGCGUCUGCAGAACGAGGGAGGCCUUGAAGAGAAUGAGAAUAUGGAGGACGGUUCUUGGGCAUUUAUUUCUCCGCUCGACGGCUUCCCGAACGCUGAUCCUCAUGCUCGCCCUUCGGAUCAACGACACGUCUUUGGUCUUCCUGCGUACGAUGCAGCCGUAUCCAACAUCAUUCAGGCGAAGAACCGUCCGGAACUCAUUCCACAUUUCCAUAGGACGGUGGAACGGUACUCAGCACUGGCCAUCACCAAGAAAAUUGACCGAUUACCAGCGCUCUCCGGAAUUUGCAGACGCAUUCGACACCUUCGCGGCGAGUAUCUUGCAGGCUUAUGGUCGGAUUCGCUCUGUUUCGAUCUGAUGUGGCGCAUCAACACGCUCAGUCUCGACACUUGGAACGGCGGACGCCCACCAGAAUACCGAGGCCCCACAUGGUCGUGGGUCUCCGUCGAAAGCCCGGUGUCGUACUGGGCCGACAUCACAGACUUCAACGACUCCGAUCCGCGCUUUCGACCCCGGAGAGCGGAUGACCGUCUCGGAAUCGGCGAUGACGUCGAGGACUACGUCAAGCCUGUACCAACGAAGCCUCUUGGCCGCAACACAGGCAAGGUGCAAGUCGAGCUCAACCUACCAGGUCACAAUCCGUUCGGCGCGGUAACAUCAGCCGUCCUCACUGCGGAGGCUUCCUGCACCACCGCAAAUCUCUUCUACACCUACGACUCCUACUGGUACGGCCAAACCAACAAGCACGACCCCAUGCGCUACAAACUCAAAGUGCAGACCUCCGACGCCCGCCGCCCUUCGUUGGACACCCGCGCAGACACGGUCGAGAUCCCGUUCUUCGCCGACUACGCUUUGGGCAUCGACGGGCCGCAUAAAGUCGCGGAAGGCGAAAUGGUAACGCUCCUGCUAGUCCAUCCUAAAGUCAGUCUUGUGCUGCGGAGGAAGUUCGAUGAGGGGAGGGCCAUUACGGUGCACGGCGGAGAACAGGCGUGGGAGAGGAUUGGUAUUGCGCGUAUUAGUGAGAAUUUGUUGAAUUACUAUCGCGUGGAUUGGAUGAGGGCGAGUGAGGUGAAGCGGUUUAAGAUUGUGUGAGGAGUGGUGCUUUCUCAAACACGUUAGAGAAACCUUUCAAGGACUGCACUACGUCCUUCCACCUCCGGUGGCACAGCGCCGAUUAAGGUUGGCUC